AUGCAAUAGCUUGUUGCUUAUAAAUCGACGUUACUAGAUAUAGGAGUUGAAAUAGGAUUAGUCGAGCAUGGGCAAUUGGUUGAUAGGUUUGCUACCAAUAUAUAUAAAUGGAAGUAGUAAUUAAUUACUGAUAUGGGGAAAUUGUAGUGUUUGGGAGUUUAAAGGUCGAUGAAGCAUCAUCGUCCCUAUUAAUAAGGUUGUAACAGUCGCUCCUUUUUUCUGGUUUUAAUGCAAAACAAAAAAACCACCACACAAACAGACAACAAUUACGUUUCACCACUCCCAUCUCCCCAUCUCCACCACCGUCGUCACAGCCGCCUCAGCCUCAGCCUCAGCCUUCUCUCUCAUCCACAUGCACAAUCGCUGCUAAACCCCUAUUAUCAAACAAAAUUAUGGAAACGAGGAGAGAUAGAUCUUGAAUGGUGUGAAGACAUUGUUAAUCGUUUCAUAAUCGGUCCGCUGUGAUCAUGGCGGACAUAGUGAAGCAGAUCCUCGCGAAGCCGAUCCAAUAUGCGGACGAGGUGAUCAAGCUUGCGGAUCAGGCAAGUUUCAUGAAGGCGGAAUGCGGGGAGAUCAAGGUCAGGACGGAGAAGCUCGCCGGCCUCCUCCGCCAGGCCGCGCGAGCCAGCGGCGACCUCUACGAGCGCCCCACGCGCCGGAUCAUCGACGACACCGAGCAGGUCCUCGACAAGGCCCUCACCCUCGUCUUCAAGUGCCGCUCCAACGGCCUCCGCCGCAUCUUCACCAUCACCCCCGCCGCCGCCUUCAAGAAGGUCCAGCAGCAGCUCGACAACUCCAUCGGCGACGUCUCCUGGCUCCUCCGCGUCUCCGCCCCCGCUGACGACCGCGACGACGAGUACCUCGGCCUGCCCCCCAUCGCCGCUAACGAGCCCAUCCUCUGCCUCAUCUGGGAGCAGAUCGCCAUCCUCUGCUCCGGCGGCUUGGAGGAGCGCGCCGACGCCGCCGCCUCCCUCGUGUCCCUCGCCCGCGACAACGACCGCUAUGGCAGCCUGAUUAUCGAGGAGGGUGGCGUGCCGCCGCUGCUGAAGCUGCUCAAGGAAGGGCGGAUGGAAGGGCAGGAAAACGCGGCGAGGGCGAUCGGAUUGCUCGGGAGGGAUCCGGAGAGUGUGGAGCACAUCGUCAACGCCGGCGUCUGCCAGGUGGUGGCGAAAAUCCUCAAGGAAGGGCACAUGAAGGUGCAGAUUGUGGUGGCGUGGGCGCUGUCGGAGCUCGCCGCCAACCACCGCAAAUGCCAGGAUCCCUUCGCGCAGCACAACGUCAUCCGCCUCCUCGUCAGCCACCUCGCCUUCGAAACCAUCCCCGAACACAGUAAAUACGCCAUAGCCAGCAAGCACUCCAUGAGCUCCAUCCACUCCAUUGUUAUGGCGAAUUCAACCCCAAAAAGCAGCGACGAAGGUGAAGAGAAGCACACCAGCGUUGCCAAUCACCCCAUGGACAACCAAAUGCCUAGCCAAAUGCACAACAUCGUCACCAACACCUUGGCGAUGAAAUCCACCAUGUUGCCUAACAAAGGCGCCGCCGGCUCCCCGAGCCACUCCGACGCCGGCGAAAAAAGCGGCAAAGUUAGUAAGCAGCAGAACCAGUUCAUCAACCACCACCACAAGCACAAGACCCAUGGAUUGCCGGGGAGCAGCAUCAAGCGCAGGGAAUUCGAAGAUCCCGCUACUAAAGCAGAGAUGAAAGCCAUGGCAGCCAGAGCCCUACGCUACCUCUGCGCAGGAAACGUCGCCGUAUGCCGAAGCAUAACAGAGUCACGUGCUCUGUUAUGCCUCGCCGUGCUACUAGAAAAGGGGGAAGACGAAGUGAAAUACAAUUCCGCCAUGGCGUUGAUGGAGAUCACGGCCGUGGCGGAGCAGGAUUCAGAUCUGAGGCGAUCGGCGUUCAAGCCGACCGCCCCCGUGGCGAAAGCAGUGGUAGAUCAGUUCCUCCGAAUCGUGGAGAAAGCCGAUUGCGAGCUCCUGAUCCCCAGCAUUAGGUCAAUUGGAAACCUAGCGAGAACGUUCCGAGCGACGGAGACUAGAUUCAUACCGCCAUUGGUGAAUCUGCUGGACGAUCGAGAGCCGGAGGUGAGCUGCGAGGCGGCGCUGGCGUUGAACAAGUUCGCGUGCCCGGAAAACUUCCUCCACGACACGCACUGCAAAUCGAUCAUCAGUGGCGGAGGGCACAAGCACCUGAUCCCGCUGAUCUACUUCGGGGAGCAGAUGGUGCAGAUCCCGUCCUUCAUAUUGCUGUGCUAUCUGGCGAUGCACGUGCCGGAUAGCGAGACGCUGGCGCAGGAAGAUGUGUUGAUCGCGCUAGAGUGGUCGACGAAGCAGCCGCAUCUGAUGCAGGACGACGCCAUUGUUACGCUGGUUUAUGAGGCGAAGAAGAGAUUCGAGCUCUAUCAAUCCAGAGUGUCCAAACAGUACCACUGAAUUUGUGUUGUGUUGUGUAUAUAAUUGUAGUUUGUUGGAGGAAUGGAUUGCAGAGGAUCACGUCUUUGCAUUGCAAUGUCUUCUGCUUUUAUACUUUGCCAACACCACCCACCUGUAACUGUAAAAUUAAAAUCGGGUAGGAUGUCCACCCAAAUUGUGGGCUUUUUUGGGUUGGGCCCCAGACUCGUUA